AUGCCUGGUGUCAUCAGAUUUCCCUGUAUUAUGGCACCACAGUUUGACCAUUCAAAAUCCAAUAUGGGCAAGGGACAUUCAUCACGGAGAAGUCGCUGGGAUCUUACUCCUGAAGAUAUGAUAUGGUUGAAGAAGAAGAAGGAGGAAGAAUCAUCUUCCACUCAGCAAGGAAAGGUGAAGCGGCCUCGAAACGAGGGCGACGCGGACGCCGCCGAGCGAGGCCGGUGA